AUGUCUUUCGAACAAGCUCCAGAUCAGAAGCAGCCGCAGCGUUCCAACCCCACCAUCGAUCCCGACCAAAGCGUCCAAGACGAUCUCAUGGAUCUCGAUCCGUCGCUGACGCCAGCCGCUCAAAAACAGCCGCAGCAAGAAGACGACCCCAUCGCGAAAAUCGCCGAAAUCGAGCUUUUGCCAGAGCUAUAUAGUCUCCUAUUCGAUAUCACAAACGGCAACAAACAAGCCAAGGACUUUGACAAGUACGUGGGCGCGUUGCGGUUGAAGUUGGCCAAGUUGAAGAGCUCCAUCCAGGAAAUCGAGGGGCUUGAUGAAUCUCCCGAGACAACUAAAGCAAAAAUCCAUCGGCUACGAGAGAACAAUUUGCAGAAGAGGCUCUUGUUGGAUCUGUUUAGGCGUAGAGUAGACGAGUCCUUAUAG